AUCUUAUGUUAACCUUUGCAGAAGUAUUAAAUAUUUAUCUAUGAAACCGAUGCAAAUGUUUAAUUUACGGGUACUAUUUUUUGUUUCGAUUCUUGUUAUUUUGUCAGUUCAUUGUCAAAAAUUCAGUAAAAAAGAUAAACAUUUGAAUGAACAAUAUAAACCUAAUCUAAAAAUUAAAGAAAACAAAUUUAUCAAUAUAGGUGGCAAUGUCAGUUUGAACGAUACCAUUGAGCAAAAUAUUACAAGUGAAGAAACUCAAGACAAUAAAGAAAAUAUGAAUGAAACUAUCAGUUUAAAAACUGUCAACGCAAAAGAAAAUGUUACAUCCGUAAAGACUCAAACUAUGACCAGCCAGAUUGAGUUCUUGAAUGCAUCCACUCACAUUUCUGAUUUGGACAUAGUCAAUAUAACCCAAGAUGAAACAUUAUCAAAUUCUUCGGAGUCUUACAAAAAACCAUCUACGUCUUGUGACUGCCAUGUACAUCAUCUAAUGGAUAAAUUAAAGAAAGACUUUUCAUCUAUGAGAACAUACGUUAAAGAGAGACACAAUCCAAUUCAGAUCCACAUUUACAAGGGAGAAAAGAUAAAAUCAUCACAAAUGUCAGAGCCCUCAAAAGAUAACGAUAAAAAAGAACUAGGCAAAGGAAAAACAAAAGAUCAAUCUAAAAGCUACUCAAAACAAUUGAAUAAAAAUGAUGAUGAUAAUUUACAAGACCAUGUGCAUGUUCAUUCAAAAGGAAACCUUAGACACAACCACUCUAAAUAUAACCAUAUUCAUUCACUCAACAACCAAGAUCUUCGUCGAAAUUAUCAAAAUGGUCAUAGCAAUGUUAAAUACAAACCUAAAAAUACUAAAUUUCAUAACCAAAUUAGACAUGAUCAUUAUGAACCAAGUGUUUCUAGACAAAGACAUUUUAAAGUACAAGAGACUCAUAUCCACUUAAAUAUUCAAGUGUCUGGACGAAAUGAGGAAGAUGCUAAAGAAAAAGAGCGCCAUAAAAUGAGGGUAGAACAAAUAAAAAAGGAGGGACUACUGGAAAAAGACCUUACAGCUAAGAAUGAAAUACCCAUUUUUGCUCGCUGUGAUAUGAAGACCUAUAACUCUGGACAUAAUAUAUCCGGUACAGUUUUCCUACACCAGCUGCCAGGACAGUAUCUGAAGGUUGAGGUUCAGUUACAUGGGUUUUCUGUUCAGUCAAACCAUACAAGUACCGACAUCAAAGAAGAGAAGCAGUUUUUAAAUCUAUCAAGCAACGACAUUUCACUAAAUAAGCAGCUUCAUGGCUUUCAUGUUCAUGAAUUUGGUGACUCUAGUAAAGGAUGUCAUUCUAUGGGAGGCCACUUCAACCCGGAAGGCGUUCAUCACGGUUAUCGUAAUAAUAGCCACGGACAUGUCGGUGACUGGGGAAACAUUGACGUUGAUAUGUAUGGAGACUCAAAUUCCAACUUUACUGUUCAGGCUGCUUCACUUAUUGGACCUAACUCUAUCUUAGGACGCGGAAUUGUGGUUCACUCUCAGCGGGAUGAUCUAGGUAAAGGAGACUCUCCAACUAGUAAAACAACAGGUGAUGCGGGAGGAAGAAUCGCUUGCUGUAACAUUGUCUUGACAAAGCCAAUACAUUAGGAAGAAGAAACAGCACCAAUACAUUCUAACAAUAUCUUUGAAUAUUGUAAAAAAAAAGUUAGAAAAUAUAACUUAAUAAAUAACUGAUUCAUUU